UUCAUUCAUUGAGUUGGUAACACCUGUGAAUGGAAGUAGCGUGAAGUUUGAAUUGAAGAUGGAAGGUUGUAAUAUUAUUUCAAAAUGGACAAUAUUCCUUUGCGCGAUAAGUGUUGUGAGUGCAAAUUUGGUGCAUAAACGUUUUGAGUAUCAAUAUUCGUUCAAACCGCCGUACUUGGCACAAAAGGAUGGAUCGGUACCCUUCUGGGAAUACGGUGGCAAUGCUAUUGCAAGCUCUGAGAAUGUUCGUAUUGCACCUUCAUUGAGAAGUCAGAAAGGAGCUAUUUGGACAAAGAAUCCCAUUAAUUUUGAAAGCUGGGAUGUUGAUGUUUCAUUUAGAGUCACUGGUCGAGGAAGAAUUGGUGCUGAUGGUCUUGCCUUUUGGUAUACACAAACUAAAGGAUCUUAUGAUGGAGAAGUAUUUGGAUCAUCUGAUAAAUGGGUUGGUCUGGGUAUUUUCUUUGACUCAUUUGACAAUGAUAACAAGCACAAUAACCCAUAUAUUAUGGCUGUAUUGAAUGAUGGAUCUAAGGAGUUCGAUCACCAGAAUGAUGGAACCACCCAAUUGACAGCUGGUUGUUUAAGAGACUUCCGUAACAAGCCGUUCCCGACCAGGGCUCGCAUUGAGUACUAUAACAAUGUUUUGACUCUUCUAUUUCACAAUGGCAUGACUAGCAAUGAACAGGAUUACGAGCUUUGUUUCCGUGCAGAAAAUGUGAUAUUACCCAAAAAUGGCUAUUUUGGAGUAUCGGCAGCAACCGGUGGUUUGGCCGAUGAUCACGACGUUCUUCACUUCCUCACCAGCAGCUUGCAUGCAAAUGCUCAGCAACCAAUACAACAACAAGAAGAUUCUCAAAAGUUGAAUCAGGAAUAUCAAGAGUAUCAAAAGAAAUUAGAGCUGCAAAAAGAAGAGUAUAGGAAAGAGCAUCCUAAUGAGGUCAAGGAACAAAACAUUGAUGAUUGGUUUGAAUCUGAUAAUCAAAGGGAACUGAGACAAAUCUUCCAAGGACAGUCUCAGAUGUUUGAUGUCUUAAGAGAACUGCAUAGAAAACUUGACGAGGUAGUAGGUCGCCAAGAGAGGACACUCAGUUUGGUUUCGCAAAAUGGAGGGCAGGCUCCUCCACCACCAGCUCAAGUUGGAGGACAAGCCCCAGCCCCAGGCGGAUACGUAGAUACUAUCCGGAGGCAUGAAGUCGAUGCCAUGUUCAACAAUCAGAAUCAAAUUGUGGCUGCCACAAGAGAAAUUAGGCAGUUUAUUCUAGAAUUGAAGACACGCACAGAUACUAUCAUCAACAAUCAAGCAAAAGCACCUACGGCCCAGGUACAAUCCGUUGGCUACGAUACUCAGUCCAUCAUGUCAGAAAUGCGCGAUGGUAUCAACCACGUGAAACAGAACUACGGUCAAGUUAUGCAGAAGCUGAAUGAGAGACGAGACGUUGUUUGUCCGUCAACCAGUGGUGGAGUUUCAGUAACGAUGUUCUUGGUCACUAUUACCAUACACUUGGUCAUUCUCCUAGGAUACAAUAUUUACAGGGACAAUAAAGAAAGCCAAGCGAAGAAAUUUUAUUAAAGUGUAUCUAAAAUGAGAACGUAAACGAGAUUUUGUACAAAGACUAUACUAAGGUUUAAAAAAAAACAAAAAAGACUUAGUCCCUUUAAAUGUGUUGGUCAAAUCUACUUACUGUGAGAUUAUAAUUAAAAAUUUAAAGAAAAAAAAAAGCAGAAUCAAACUUUUUGGUUGUAUUAAGUAUAAUUUUUUAUGAUUAUUUUUUUUAUUAAAUCUAUAAAAUUUGUUAAUUAAUUAUUGCUACUUAUUGUAUUACUUUUCUACAUGAGCCAUUCCUUAUAGAACAAUAGUCAUUUUUGAUUUUGUAAAUGUGUCGUCAGUAUUCACAUUAAUUCAAACAAACUUAUACGUUUUUAUUACAUUU